AUGGAGCGGGACAAGCCGCCACCAGCUCUACGCUUUGCUCGUCAGUGGACAUUGCCUUCUAGCUCGGCGGGCGACGCCGGUUUCGCUACCCUUGACUAUCCGUCGCGGCACACAGAGUCACCCUCACCAUUUAGCCGAUCACACGUGCCCCUGACGCCAUCCCCCGACAGGGCCGGGCGGCGACAACCGCUGGAAGGUUCCCUCGCGCCAGGCUCGCCGUCUCCCUUACCACCCUUGGAGCUCUCAGCGCUCACUUCUGGAGGUGCCGCGCGCCACGCCGAUGCCUCACUGGAGCGGACGUCGCUACCUGUGCCAGCAGCUUCGUCGGCAAGCAACGUCGCAGCACGAUGCGUACAGCCGAUGAUGUCAGCCAGUGAUGCGGAUGGCAAGUCGUUCUGGCGGCGCCAAGCGCAGCGCCUCGAGGCGACGUGUACCGCACUGGAGGAGGAGCUCAGAACUGUCUACCGCGUCUUCGGCAAAGAGGCCGAUGGCAUCCCUCGUGUGCUGGAGGCGAGCAGUCAUACCUCUUUGCUGGCGGUCGGAAGCGUCGACCCUACCUAUGAGACGGUGGCGCGGGAGCGCGACAUGGCGCGGCUGGAGCUGGCGCGGGAACGGGAAAAAAAUUUUCUUCUGCGCCACCGCCUGCGGGAGAUGGAUGCGGAGGUGCAUGGACUGCAAAUCCGGCAUGCCCGUGUCGUAGGCCAGCAGCGUGUCGGCGAUGCAUCAAAGCGGGCGUUGCCGUCUUUCGAUUCUGUCUCGAACGUCGGUGUGCGUUCCGCGAAACACCGGCGCGCUUCCACUCGCUGCUGCUCGAGCUCUCGCUCUUCGGCACAAUCCACACGCGAUGUGCGGCGUUCGCCCACCUACUCACACUCUCGCAGCAUCACGCGACCGUACACUUCGUCGUCCGCGAAGCGGGAGGAGUCGCCACGACCAACGCCGGCGCCAGUGUCCACUUGUUCUGCCCACUACAGCGACGACUCAAAGGUGGCCCGGUCUUCGACGGCCUCAACGUCGUCCUCGGCAUGCCGUGAGAGUGGCCGCCGGGCCGCCAACAUGUCUGUGGCAGAUCCAGCAGCUUUCAGAAAACCCCAUGGUCUUAGCACGCACUCGCCUGUGAAACCGAGCCGACAGGCGACAGACGCCUACGAAGCGGAGGCGCGCGACUUGCUCACAUGGCUGCUAAGUGCUCGCCCUUCCUCGUCCUCUCCGAGCCGGCGCCAGUUGUUCCUAUGGCAGAAAGGCGGUGCCGGGUCACGCGGGCCAGAAUCUGUGCGCCACUCUAACCUUGAAAGUCCACCCCGACGCGUGUUCCACAAUGGCUUCUUUAGCGCCGCUGUUGCCAUCAGCGAGGGCGAAGGGGACGGUGGUCGAUGGGCGCGUGGAACGGCACAUGGAGCAGCGAAGGCUCGCCCAGCGAUUCGGGAUAGUCGAUUGCUGACGCCUAUUCCGCCGCAGCAAGAGAGGGGCGCCGCUCAUGACGAAAAAGCAAGGGGCCACCCCACAGGCGCCGUUCGGUCGUUCUGUGCGAUGCCAUUGUGGAUGCGAGCGACACAGAGCGCUGCGGACCCGUCUCGCGACGCGCUCUCCGGCAAAGGGGCUCCUACAGGGCACGCUGGCGAUGGGGAAUGGAUUGCGUGGCAGCCUCACGUGAUAGCACCAAGGCAACAGUCUGGUGAGGCGUAG